AUGCUGUCAGGCUUGGAAGUUGAGGCAGGACUCAAGUCCGGCUAUGGAUCCAAGCCAGACAUCGAGUCCGGCAAGGCCCCUGAGCCACAGUCCGAGGAGCCAGAGCCCGAGUCGGGAGAACAUCUGAGAUGGCUACACGCCGGGCUCUACAAAGACGCCAAGGGAGCCACCAAGGACGUCUGGUUCGCAUUCCGAAGGAGCCGCAAGACCGAGAGCCACACCAUCGCCUACGCCUCGGACGGGCACGGCUCACCCUUCGGCAACCGCAACGGCGGCCGCCGCAAGUCGGAUCUCAUAACCUGGGACCCGCACCACGCCAAGAAGUGGGAGAAGUUCAUCGCGGCCUCGGGCACCUGGACCCUCGCAAACAUCCUCCGGGGCCGCAAGCUCCAGAGGGAGACCUUGCUGGCGACCUGGCUGGACCCCAACUCCCCCAACACGUACGCCCACGGACGGGACCACAACCGGACCCUGAACCCGCCCCUGAACGUGGUCCACACGAUCGACGACGCCUCCGGCCCGGGAUCUGCCACCAGCAGAGCGCAGGCCGACUCUGCUCGGGCGCGGCGCCGAAACCGAGAUCUCGCUCCCGAGGAGUGCUACGCCGGGACGAAGAUCCCGCUGUCGGCGGUGGAUAUCCGCGUCGGGGCUUUCUUGGCCGUGGAUCCGAGUCCGAGGAAGGUCGUCGCGACGUUCCUCAACGGCCAGCUGGCGACCAACCCGCGCCUGAGACUCCGCAAGGAGGAGCGGAACGAUGCUAUCGAAUCGGCGUUCCUCGAGCUGGGCUGGCGCAUCAGCCGGCCCGCGCUGGAGCGUGCCAACGAUAAAGUCGCGGCGGGCAAGAUCGACAGUAUCUUCCACUGUAGAGCGUGGAACAAGCUCCCGCCCCUGCUGGUGGAUAAGUACAAGGGAGACUCGCUCGCGGAGAUGAUGGAUGAGAUGAGGGAGCAGGCGAUGGAGUAUGGAGGGAUCGAAGAGAGCGAUGAUGAAGAGAGAGCGCAGCCUUCGUCGGAUGCCGAUUCGGACUCUGAUUCUGACCGAGACGAGUCCGAUAACACGGAGGAGAGCAGCCCCUUCGUCUCGCAGAAGUCUGAGCGGUCCACCACCAUCACCACCACCACCAGCACAGGCAAGGAUCCCUCCACGACGACGGGGAGAAAAGAUGCGCCCAACCAAGGGGCCUCGUGGCGCUCACGGAAGCUCUCGGCCGUGGAGAGGAUGGUUAUACAGAGCCAGGUGGCCCACGGUGACGAGCCCGAGGAUCCGCCCGCACAGCCGAGUCGAGACACGGGUGACGACUUUGAAUAUCUUCCCGACGCCUCACCCAGCAAAGGAAAAGGCCCAGCCAAGCGGAAGCGAGACGUCGAUCUGAUACCGGAGCCUGCAAAGAGCGCCGCGGACAACAACAACAAAAACAACAGCCUCAUCGUCGACGGCGAGGGCGCAACCCUCUUUCCUAGUAAACGGCUCAAGACGCCCGAACCCAAGCCCAAGCCCGAGCCAGAGAAGACCCCCUCCAUCAAACAACCCGCACCACUGGUCAUCAUCGACCUCGACCCAGACAGUGAUGACGAUGACCACGACUCGGACAUCGAGAUCGACGAAGCGAGGAGCUGCGCUCCCGCCGUCAAGCCCGAGAGCGGCGUCGAUCUUAAGUACCACCUCGCCCUAGAAGGUGACGACGAAGUCUUUGUUCCUUCCUAG